UAUUAUAAUUCAAAAAACGUGGAACACAUAAAAUAGAAAACAUAUUUGGCAUCUUUUUUCAAAAAACAACCAAGACAACAAUUUCAAGUCUGAUAUCCUCACUUCUUCCUAUAAAUGCAUCCCUUCAAUUCAUUAUAAACUCAAGCUCACUAUCUUCAUAUAAUCUUUUUAAUUUUUAAUCCUCUAAAAUGGCUCUAUCUGUGUCUAACAAAGAGGAAAGCAUGGUAACAACCGAAGGAAUAUCUGGCGGGAUGAAAGUGAUAUUAAACAGACCAAGAAAGCUUAAUGCCUUAAAUUACCAACUUAUUGUUCAAAUGUUAAGGAUGCUUGAAUCGCAUGAGUACGAUCCGACGAUCAAAUUUAUCAUAUUGAAGGGAAAUGGAAAAGCAUUUUGUGCAGGUGGGGAUGUUACAUCUGUAAUGACGCUUACGAACGCAGGAAAUUGGAGCUUCGGUGCAAACUUUUUUCGGAAACAAUACAGUCUAGACUACUUACUUGGAACCUAUAAGAAACCACUCAUCGCUAUUAUAAAUGGAAUAGUAAUGGGAGGAGGAGCUGGAUUAUCAAUGCAUGCAGCAUUUAGAAUUGUGACAGAAAACACGAUAUUUGCAAUGCCAGAAGCAUCAAUAGGAUCUGUUCCAGAUGUUGGUUCCUCUCAUUUUUUGUCACGACUUCCAGGGUUUUUUGGCGAAUAUGUGGCGCUCACCGGGGUAAGACUAAAUGGAAUUGAACUGGUUCAAUGUGGUCUUGCGACCCACUUUGUACAUUCGAAGGAUCUAGCUUCACUGGAGAAUGCACUUAGCAUGAUGGCUUCAUCAGAUGCAAAGAACACAACAAAAAUCUCUGAAAUUAUUAAUAAUUAUGCAAAUGAGAGAGACAUUAAAACAGAAAAUGCAAAUUCAAGGCUUGAAAUAAUCAACAAAUGUUUCUCAAAGGAAACUGUAGAAGAUAUAUUAUUAGCAUUGGAAACUUUCGCUGUUGACAGAAACGAAAAAUGGAUCUUUGAUGCCAUAAAAUCGAUCAAAUCGGCUUCUCCUCUAUGCAUUAAACUUGCAUUAAAACUGAUUCGAGAAGGACGAUCACAGAAACUUGAACAUUGCCUUGCUCGCGAACAUCUUGUUGUUAGUCAUCUUCUUCGAAGAACUGUUGAUGCUGAUUUUUACGAGGGUCCAAGAGCAAUGCUAAUUGACAAAGAUAGGAAACCACGGUGGUCACCUUCGAAACUAGAGCUAGUCGAUGAGGAAAUGGUGCGCAAAUGUUUCUCCGCGAUUGAUGAUGAUGAUUGGCAGCCAUUAAGACUGUUUGAGAGACCAAACCCCAGCAACAUUGCCGUGUCAAGGAUGUAGUAACUUAUAUGUGACAUUAUUUCUUAUGAUCAUCUUUAUCAACAUAUAUUGUUGAACAUGUUUCAUGGUUAUAUUGCUAAUGUGGGUUUAUUUAUUCUUAUUAAUAAAACUAACGAGGUUCAAUA